ACACGAGAGGAUCCUGGUAAAGUAUACUUCAAAGUAUACAGGUACAAUCUUAUAUAUAUUACAAACGUCUGUUUACAUAAAGAGCCAUGCCUGGGAAUAGGAUGGAUAAAUCAAAGACAGUUACAUGCACCGCUCCUGUGAACAUAGCUGUCAUCAAAUACUGGGGGAAGCGAAAUGAAGAAUUAAUUCUCCCCAUUAACUCCUCGUUGAGCGUCACGUUGCAUCAAGACCAGCUGAAAACUACCACAACAGUUGCAACCAGCAGCUCAUUUCUGGAAGAUCGAAUAUGGCUAAAUGGCAAAGAGGAGGACAUAACCCAUCCUCGACUACAGUCCUGUCUAAGAGAGAUUCGACGACUUGCAAGGAAGAGGCGUAAUGACGGGCACCCUGCUUUGGAUUCAAUGGGUUUCUCUCACAAAGUCCACAUCUGCUCUGUUAACGACUUCCCCACUGCUGCCGGGCUCGCCUCCUCUGCUGCUGGAUUCGCUUGUCUAGUCUACACUCUUUCCCGCGUGUUUGACGUGGAGGGGGAGUUGUCUGGGAUUGCUCGACAAGGCUCUGGGAGCGCAUGCCGUAGUAUGUAUGGGGGGUUUGUCCAGUGGAUCAUGGGACAGCGAGACGAUGGCAAGGACAGUCUAGCCCAACAGGUGGCCCCAGAGACUCAUUGGCCUGAGCUCAGAGUCCUCGUAUUAGUGGCCAGUGCUGAGAAGAAGCCAGUGGGCAGCACUUCUGGGAUGCAAACCAGUGUAGAAACAAGCCGUCUCUUAAAGCACCGGGCUGAGUCUGUGGUCCCGGGCCGGAUGGUAGAGAUGAUUGAAGCCGUGCAAACGAAGGACUUUGCUGCAUUUGCUGAGCUAACCAUGAAGGACAGUAACCAGUUCCAUGCUACCUGCCUUGACACAUACCCACCUAUCUUCUACCUCAGCAGUGUGUCUCAACAGGUCAUCAGCUUGGUGCAUCGGUAUAACAGACACUACGGGGAGACGAGGGUGGCCUACACGUUUGACGCUGGUCCCAACGCUGUGAUCUACAUGCUCCAGCAGCAUGUUCCUGAGUUUGUUCAGGCAGUUCAACAUUUCUUCCCCCCAGAGAGCAAUGGAGGACAGUUUGUAAAGGGUCUUCCAGUUAAUCAUGUAGCUCUGUCGGAGGAGCUGAGACGGAGUAUUGGUCAAGAGCCAUUACCAAAGGGAAUAAGCUACGUUAUUAGUACUAAGGUUGGACCAGGCCCCUGUGUUGUGGAGGAUCCCACUCAGCAUCUACUCGGAUCUGAUGGGUUGCCGAAGGAAACUGUGUGAUGGCCUGCAGCCAAAAAAUUGACAAAGUUCCAGGAAGCAAUAAUGAAGCCAACUCUGCAGAGCUAAAAAUGUGCAUUCGUCAUAAAGAUCCAAAUCUUUACAAAUCCCAUGCAACACCACACCUUCCUUACCAUUGUGGAAUGUGAAUAAGUCUCUCUUCAUUAUCAAAUGGUAAUAACCUCCCUAUCUCUUAAUUGGUCAUUUCUCAGUAUAUAUCUACAGAUGUAUAGAUGUUUUAGAGGUGUUUCCCUCACUGAUUCAGUCGUAGACGCCCUGGACUAGUAAAGACAUGGACACACUGGCAUUGCUCAAGGGCACUGUCUGUGUGCUCUUGAGCAACAAACUGAACCAUGAAUUCAGUUCAGUACUGCAGCUGACCUUGUGUGCUCUGUCCAUGCUUGUGCCUUUGAGAAUUUUAAAUGAACUCUAUAAUUAUGUUUUCUUUGUAAUCUUGCGAAAACCUAAUUUCAGGCCUACGUUAAAUACUUAAUGUCAAUUGUAUUCUGUAAAAUUAAUUAAAAUGUAUUUUUGUCAAUA